AUGGCCACAGCGCGCUUCCCCGGGAAGAGUGUGGAGGUGUCUGCCUCCAACUGGACAGCUCCAGCUCUGGGCCGGCCUGUGUGUGUCAACGGGACCCCGUGGAUCCUCUACCUGCUGGAGGAGUGUGUGGAUAAUGUGUGGGAGUACUGCAGCGUGGUGAUAGGGCUGAUAUCCAUGUUCUGCUUUCUGCUGUCCACUCUGCCGCAGGUCUGGGAGGCCUAUCGCAAUGGUAAAGUGGAGGAGGCCAUGUCGUUUGGCUUCCUUUUCUUCCUCUUCAGUGGAGACUUGACCAGCUUUGCAGGCUGCUACCUCACCAGCCAGCUGCCUAUCCAGGUAGUCACAGUGGUGUUCUACAUCUUCACAGACCUGAUCCUCAUCUCCCAGUUCCUCUACUAUAAGAUCAAGAACAGCUCCAGCAGAAAAAGCCCUGUGCUGAAGUGGCUGUGCUUCAUGUGGUGUGGCGCUGCUUCGUUAGCUCUCCUGGCUUUACCCAAACUCAUCAUAGACAAUAGUGCAACUUUAGACACCCAGAGUCCAACUACCUCUAGGUCAGUGGAAAUCAGUGGCUAUGUAUGUGGAUACCUGGCAUCUAUCUUCUACCUCAGCUCCCGUUUCCCUCAGCUCUAUAAAAAUUUUCAGCGACAGUCCACAGAGGGCACCUCUUACCUGCUGUUUGCCCUGGCCAUGAUGGGCAAUGGGACAUAUGGGCUGAGUGUCAUCGUGGUCCUGCCUGCACUGAAGGGGUCAAAACAGACCUUCAUCAUCAAACAUCUGGCCUGGCUCAUUGGCAGCCUGGGGGUCCUCAUACUUGACUUUUUUGUGACUGCCCAGUUCGUCAUGUACAGGAAGAACAACUCUGCCAAAAGCAGCAAACUGCUCAGCAUCCCAGAGGUGGAGCCUCUGCUGUGUGAGGAGGUGGAGCUGUCCGUGUUAUAGGACACAGAAAGGACACCAACAUGGACGAACCCAGUCGAGAAUGAGCCGCUCAGUCUACGGUUUGUUUUUGAUCGUACUGUCUGACGUCACUGAUUCACUCAAAACAUUUCAGCGAACAGAGACAUUUUAGAAGCAUCGUAGAAGGUGUUACCAGCCAUGUUAUAUACGUUUAUAGUCUGAUUCUCUGCUGUUAGGAGGACGAACAUGAUCAACUCUUGUCUGGUUUGCUGUGGUGACAGGACAGGAAAAGCUACAGUAACUAUCUGAUGAUACAUUUUUCUUAACACCAGGGAUCUUGUUAAGUUAAACACCACUUAAGAACGUUUCUCUCUGUUUGUCUCUAGGCAGGCAAGUUAGCUUCAAUGAAAUCUUUUUCUGGCUAUGAGUACUGUCAUUUUUGAUACAUUCCUCCACGGGGAUUUCUUGACUCUGUUUUGGAUGGAAUAGCUGUAUUUUUAUUGGCCUCAUGGGACCAUACACACCCAGAGGAGGAGGCUUAGUGCUAGACGUCUCCUCACAAAUGCAAGCUUUAUGGAAGGAUGAAGUGCCUGGUAUAUUUACACGUUCUUGACAGGGUGAAUUCUGCUGCAGAGGAUUGCAAUAGUAUACUAGGAUGAAUAGUAUGGGACUAAAGAAUUGGUAUUUGAGUGCUAUAAAAUAUGAUGUUUCUUCUUUUUUUCUGGUGGUGAUUUACAGAUGGUUAAUUGUGGCUAACUGGGUGUGUCAUGAGCCAGUCGCUCCAGUAGUAAAAUCGUAGUUUGUAUGACGUUAAGUAGCCAGUGUGCGAACGUCUGCAGGGAGGCAUCACUCCACCUGAAGAUUUAACUACAGGUGUUUUAUGACCUCAUUUCAAUUUCAGAGAAAUUAUGCACCUAUGUGCUUUCUUGGUCCAAGCACCCUGCUGUCCCACUGAAACACGUUGUUUGUGCCUUUUUAAAUCAAAUACAGUCUUAAUAUAAACGCACUGCAUUUCCAUUUCUUAACUAAAUUAUUUUUAAAAUUAAAUUAAAUUUAUUAAGUAUUGACGGUAAUUUAUUUGAGCCACAAUUUUUCUUAGAUAAUGCAGCGAAACUUUUUCCUCUUUUUACCUUCUCUUACUCCUAAAACAUGAUCUGCCUCUGUCGGUGGUGUGAGCAGCAUUACCUGUUUUCUUGUAACAUCUCCGUGACAUCCAAAAACAUUCAUCAAAGCAGACAUUACCAUUCGAUAAAUUAUUCUCAGAUGGAUCUAAGAAUAGGACGAUUAAUGGGAUGUUGUUGAAGACUCGUUAAAGUAAUGAGGCUCAAAAUUAUUUUGCACAUUUGAGACGUGUUUCGGUGCUGUCGUGCCUGUUUAAAGAACUUGUCAAGUCACAUUUAUUUUUAAAACACUUUGUUCUCAUUAGCAUCACUGUGGUUCAGAGAGUAACACAAAAGAAAUAGAUGGCAGCAAAGAAAAGCAAAAAUAAAAACAGGACAAAUUGUCUUAUUGAUGACGAGCACUUGAAGUUAGUGGAUAUUAAUUUAGAUCAUUAGCAAAUCUAACAGCCCAUCAGUGUUGUGCCAAAUGUGUGUGUGUCACCUGGUCAUCUGCGUCACUAAAGUACUGUACGUGCAGAGAUCUGCAGAUUCCUCUACCUCGUAGUGUGGGCAUGAUUUAUUUCUCCCAGUGUGGAACCAGUGUGUCUCCACAUGAAGGGCAAAUUAAUCGAGCACACACUGCAUAUAAAAAUGUGAAAUAUACAAUUUGGUAGCAUUUAAACGACAGUGUUUUUAGAAAAUCACAGUUGUUUCCUGAAAAGGAAAUUUAUUUGCAAAUAUAUGCAAUAAGAGCAACAUUUUUUAGGUUUUUGCAGAUUAUUUUUGUAUUGCACGAUUUAUACGUUGAUCCCUGAGUCUGAUAUACUUUUUUAAUCUAACACAAAAAGUACAUAUUUAUUGUACAUAUUAUUACCGUAUACUGUAGACCAUGUAGUAUUUAAGAUAUUAGUUUUUACUUAGUGGUGACACUAUUGCUAUGAUAUAUUUAUUUUCUUUAAGUGUAAUUUAUAAUCAUAUUGUAAUUCCAAGCUGUGUGCCAGGCCACAGUGUCCUCUGAUAUUAACUGUAUGUAAAACCACUGUAUGUAUAUUGUACAAAACUUGAAUAAACUGCAACGUACAGAUA